GGCACCCUGCACGAGAUGUUUGAAUGAUGAUAGUGGCACGCGUAGAAAUUCCAUCGCUUCCUCCGACCCCACGGAAAAGUCUAAGAUCGACAGCCCACUUGCGCGAGGAGCGCGGACUUCUGCGAGCCCACACUCGCGACGAUUACUUUGAAAACCACUAUGCCAUGAUGACAUCCCGCAGCGCUCAUCCGCUGCGCGGGCACCUCCGGCACUGCGCGCGCCGCGCGACGGGAUGCCCCAACACCAAUAGACAUGAAACGGAGUCCCACUGCCGGGAAACCGGCUUCGCCUUCGGCUCGCGCCGCGUGCGCGACGCGCGUGAGGGCGAGGCGAGGCCGUGCGAGAGUUCCUGCACUACAAAGAGAGGACGAGGAGGAGGAAUAGACAAGGAGCAAAGGAAGGCUAUUCGGGCCGGCGGCAGCUGCAGCCAACGGCACACAGCUGCUGACUGGCACGGCGCGCCCGGGUCCGAGGUGGCUUGCCGAGCAAGCACGCGCACGAGCAGAGCGCGCAAGAGCAGCGCCAGCGCCGCGCACGGCGGGCCGCGGACCACUCUUCUGCUGCGCCUGAAGCGCGAGGAGGACCGAGGCGCGGCCGCUCAGUAGCCGUAGAAGUCGUAAUCGCGGUCCUGGUGGGGCCUUCUUGGCGUGCUCC